CAAGGUUGUGCUUUCAGAAACAACCGCUGGAUCAUUUUACACCGACAACAGGGGACACUAACAUGUCAAUAUGUCCCGAAUUAACGACUUCAGGAUCAUUUGUGAGGACGCGAAGAGAGAUGGCGCUUUUUCCGAAGGAGACGAGGUCGCAGGUUUGGUCUCUUUUAACCUUUCAAAAGAGACGAAAGUCAAGAGCGUCAGUGUGAAACUUAAAGGAAGCGGUCAGGUUUAUUGGACUGAAGGAAUCGGAGACGACGAAACGUCGUACAGCGCCAGCAAGAGAUACCUUAAAGUCAAAGAAUACCUGGUGGUGGAAAAGACAGAAGGCAGCGUUCUUCCUCAAGGGACCAAUCAGUUCAAGUUCAGGCUUCAAAUUCCACAGGAGGACUUGCCAUCCUCCUUCAAGGGGAUGCAUGGCAGCAUUGUUUACACAGUUGAAGCACAGAUAUGUAGGAAAUGGCAUUUGGAUUCUACAGUGCAAAAGGAGAUCCAGUUUCUUUCAAAGUCCAUACGAAACACUCGCCAAGUUGUGUGUCCACAGUCCAACUCGAUAACAGAAAAGAUAGGAGUUUUCUCCAAAGGAGAAGUCCACAUGACUGCUUCUGUAAACAGGAGUGUUUGCUCUCCAGGUGACAAACUAAUUGCUUUUGCCAAAAUCUCUAAUGGUUCCUCCAAGUCAAUGAAACCAAAAUUCAGUUUACAGCAAAAGACUGUUUACGUCGCUGGGGGUUCCAAAAACAUCACCGACUCUUUAUGCAAAAAAGUCGGCGACACCAUCAAACCAAACUCUCAGGAAACUGUGUCCUGCACCAUCAAUGUUCCUCCAGAUGCUAUCUACACUCUCAAUAACUGUGAUCUUGUCUCUGUUGAGUAUUACCUCAAGGUGUACUUGGACAUUAGUUUUGCCGUCGAUCCAGUGGUGGUGUUUCCCCUGAUAAUCGCUCCUGCCGUUGCACCUAAUCGCUGUGAGGAGUUGGGGCCUUACCCAGGUGGUCCUGCAGGGCCCCCGAGUUCCAGUGGCUUCUCAUCUGCAGCUGCCUACCCCAGUGAAUUUAAUCCUGAACCCAUAAGCACAGGUGCCUGUGGGUACCCCACACUGGAAGAUGAACCCCCGUCAUACCAUUCUCUUUUUUCCAAUGGCCAAGAGUGAGCCAAUUCAAAGGGACUGAACUUAAGACAUAAAAUGUAGUCAGAAUUGACGCUUGUGUCAAUUAUGUCAUUAUCUUUAGCAAUGUGCACUAAAGGAGGACUUUCUGGUAAAAUAAAAACUUGUUUGCUUUCUCCUGAUUACAUUUGUUGUGGAAAGAAGAAAUAAAGUCCACUAAUAUCA